UUUUGGGUCUGUAAGGUGGGGGAGGGGGAGAGGCGGGUGCAGUUGCUUUCACCUGCUUGCCCAGCUCGAUCCCGGCCCGGAGCAGCGGCGGCGCGGGCUUCCGCUGUCCGCUGGCUGAGGACCUUCAGCUCCCCCUUGGUCCCGCGCGGGCUCCGAAUCCUGUCCGCGGCAGGGGCCAGCGGCCCCUCCCCUCCCCUCCGAGGAUAGAAGAUGAGCUUCCUCUUUAGUAGCCGCUCUUCUAAAACAUUCAAACCAAAGAAGAAUAUCCCUGAAGGAUCUCAUCAGUAUGAACUCUUAAAACAUGCAGAAGCAACUCUAGGAAGUGGGAAUCUGAGACAAGCUGUUAUGUUGCCAGAGGGAGAGGACCUCAAUGAAUGGAUUGCGGUUAACACUGUGGAUUUCUUCAACCAGAUCAACAUGUUAUAUGGAACUAUCACAGAAUUCUGCACUGAAGCAAGCUGUCCAGUCAUGUCUGCAGGUCCAAGAUAUGAAUAUCAUUGGGCAGAUGGUACUAAUAUUAAAAAGCCAAUCAAAUGUUCUGCACCAAAAUACAUUGACUAUUUGAUGACUUGGGUUCAGGAUCAACUUGAUGAUGAAACUCUUUUUCCUUCUAAAAUUGGUGUCCCAUUUCCUAAAAACUUUAUGUCUGUGGCAAAGACCAUUCUAAAGCGUCUGUUCAGGGUUUAUGCCCAUAUUUAUCACCAGCACUUUGAUUCUGUGAUGCAGCUGCAGGAGGAGGCCCACCUCAACACCUCCUUUAAGCACUUUAUUUUCUUUGUUCAGGAGUUUAAUCUGAUUGAUAGGCGUGAGUUGGCACCUCUUCAGGAAUUAAUUGAGAAGCUUGGAUCGAAAGACAGAUAAAUUUUUCUUCUAGAACAGUUACCCUCUUGCUUCAUCUACUGCUAGAGCUAUCUUGUUGCUUUCUCUUAUAGACUAGUGAUACAAACUUUAAGAAAACAAGAUAAAAAGACACCUAUUGUCUGUGUCUACUGAUAAAAUUGUCCCAAAGGUAGGUUGGCCUAAUACCUUCAGAGUGAGAAAUUCAGGACACAGCUGAAUCUGAGGCACUGUGUGACCACUGCUGUUACUGCCAUAGAGCCAUACUUGGUUGUAGAAUGUGAGGACUAACCUGUAGUUUAUUAGUUUACUUACUCUUUUACUGAAGAAGAUGAUCGACUCUGUUUCAGGUGACAGCACGAUGGAUAUUAAGAAUUUCCAAUAAUUUAUUAACAGGUUUCCAGAACAAAUUUCCUAAUAAUGCAAUCACAGAUCAGUUUUAUUCUGCUUUUAUUUUACAAAUAGAAGAGGUGUUCUAAAAUUUCCUUAAGAUAUAGAACAUUUGUGUCACUUUGGAUAACCUUGUAGUUUGAAGUUUGUAUGCUAGUGUUUUUAUAGGUAAGAUUAUAUAUAUGUAUAUUUUUUCAAAAUCCAUGAUUGCAGUUUAAAUCAUCAUAUGACAUGUGGUAUGGGAGUAACCAAAGUCAUUUCUAAAAGGACUUUAUUUUUUAAUCUUUAUUUGGGAUUUUAUUCACAUAAACCUAUCUAAAUUUUUAGUGUGUGUGUAUCAAAUAAUUUUUUUAAGGCAUCUAAGGAUCGUCUUGCAGAUUUUUAUUUUGAAAUGCUUCAUUCAGAUUAAUUUUAAUAUGUAGGUUUUGGCUGAGAAAAGAAAAACUUCCAAAAAAUUAUGACAAAUUUGGGUCUCAUAAACCAUUAUUUUCAUUCAUGUUUGUUUCAGAGGCCUUAAAAUUUGGAUAGGAGAAUGGAAGAAAGUACUCAGAGUACUUGACUAUUUUAUUUUGAGUUUUCCUUUAAAAAGAAACUACUUUUAUACGUUUUUAUUGUGACUUGAGACUUAGUUAAGUGUAGUGUAGAAAUGCACGAACCUUAUCCCAAUAAGGAUAAAACGUAAGGAAAACCACAAUAAAAAACCUUGAAGGUGUACACAUUUUAUAACCCAGCUAAAA